CACAUCCACGUGAGACACUGACAAUAGGCUCCGCGCACUGUACAGUUUGGUGCGUUCAUCUCUCCAAUUCCCAGAGAAGCCAACCCGUGAACAUUGAGUUACUUGUGCGACUAUUAUCCUUUGUGCUGCCAUGAUGAAUGUGGUUGAUACAUAUUAAUUUGAGAAACGACAAGCAGUCCAGGGAGAUAAGACGCUCAACGUUGAUACCUGUGAGAGCUAUGAGUGGAGAGGUAUCGAGAAGGAUUCGAAAAAGACAUGGAUUAAAAAACUUCAAGCAGAGAUGGAUGCUGGUCUGUAAACCGUAAUGGUGAGCAACCUCAAGGUGCUGCCAAUGGGCAAGAGAAAGACGCCCCAUCAUGCGACCUCUGCACUGUCCAGCCUAGUGAGGAUGAGGAGGUUGAGAGAGGUGCCCUCAAGAGGCUCAACACAAUGUGGUCUUCAUUCCGGGCCAAGCUCAACAGAGAUCAGGUGAAGGAGCCAUGUCAGGAGUCUCUGGAUUCAGCCCCAGUGGACACCACAGCCAGGGAGCAGCGCUACAUGAGCGGCCAAUACUUCUUUGAGUACCUGGUGGUGGUCAGCCUCAAGAAGUCCAAAGAGGGGGCCUACGAGCCGCAGAUCACCUACCAGUUCCCCAAGAGGGAUGGGAUGGUGAGAUUCCAAAGAGAGGAGGAAGAAAAGACCCUGAAGGCCAUCACACUCUUCUGUUUCCCUGAGGGGAUCAGCUGGGCCCCCCUAACAGAGUACCACAGUGAGACAUUCUCCUUUGUCUUGACUGAGAUCGAUGGCAGUAGAAGGAAUGGAUACUGCAGAAGGCUACUGCCCCACGGCAACGGAGCUCGCCCCCCUGAGGCCUUCUGCAUCAUUAGCAGGCUGGCUUGUUUCGGACUCUUCUCCAAGAUCUUUGACGAGGUGCAGAAGCGACACCAGAUCUCCAUGGCGAUGAUUUACCCGUUCAUGCAGAGCCUUAGGGAGGCAGCGUUCCCCGCCCCAGGCAACACUGUCAAGAUCAAGAGCUUCGUUCCUGACAAGGGUACCGAGAUCAUCAGUCUGACGCGUCCGUUGGACUCGUGGCUGGAGCACGUGGACUUCCGCACGCUCUUCCGUUGCUUGACCAAUGAGGAGGUGGUGCUGGUGUUCGCUGCCGCCGUUAUGGAGCGACGCAUUGUCUUCAUAGCCGUCGAGCUCAGCACCCUGUCCCAGGUGAUCCACGCUGUGGCCGCCCUCCUCUAUCCCUUCACCUGGCAACACACUUUCAUCUCCAUAGUCCCUGAGAUCCUCAUCGACGUUGUUAUGGCCCCCACCCCCUACCUGCUGGGAGUGCAGAAGCGGCUAAUGGAUCAGGUCAGGGACCAGACCGACCUCCUUGUGGUGGACUUGUCAGAGGAUCGGAAGGACACUUUCCUAGUUCAAAUCGGGGAUGAGAAGUCUAUUCUGCCCCCUAAGCUUCAAGAUGAAAUACUGCAGGCACUAAGAAACAGGAAAGAAACAUCCACCGUGGAGGAGCUGAACAGCGUGGUCUCGGAAGCCUUCCUGCCCUUCUUCGUGAAGACUGUUGGCCAUUUUGAUUUGUACGUGACGCGGAACAGCAAGGGCCAGCCAGGGGUGUUCCAGAGCAGAGCCUUCUACAAGACCAUCAAGUCCAAGACCACGCGGCACUUUGUCAAGAAGUUCCUCCAGACCCAGAUGUUUGACCUGUUUAUCCAGGAGGUGGAACAGCAGCCAGGGAGACCUCAGCAAGGAAUUUUCCACAAAAAGAUUGUUGAAUACCAGGAACAGAAGAAAAAAGAGAAGGCAAAGAAGAGACACUAAGUAUGAAUACACUGUAAACGAGGCCAUGAUAUCACAUUUACAUUCGUCAUUUAGCAGACGCUAUUAUCCAGAGCGUCUUAGUUUGUGCAUUCAUCUUAAGAUAUAUGUGGUUGUCCCACCUAGCCAUCUCUGUCAUAGUAAGUGCAUUAUAGUAGCCAUCAGCCAAGUCAGUGGUAGUAUGGGGGUGGGGGAUCUUUGACUGGGCUUAAAGGGAGGUGGUAGAUAGGAGUACUCUGGUUGGGGUGUAGGGUAGAGCAUAGCUUAGUGGUAGGGAGGGGCAGUUCCUCUUGCUUCUCCAUAGGCAAGUACCAUGGUCUUGUAGUGGAGGCAAACUUCAACUGGAAGCCAGUGGCGUGUGCAGGGUGACAUGGGUGAACUUGGGAAGGUUGUACAUCAUGCAGCGUUUGGGACAGGUUGCAGGUGUUUGAUGCGGGGAACACAGCCCACAGUGCGUUGCAGUAGUCCAGACAGGAGAUGACAAGUGCCUGGAUUAGAACCUGCCCCCCUUCCUGCGUGAGGUAGGGUCGUACUCUACGGAUGUUGAGUACGACCGAGACACUGCUUGGAUGUUUGCAGAGAAUGACAGGGUGUUGUCCAGGGUCACGCCAAGAUUCUUUGCACUCCGGGCGGGGGACACCGUGGAGUUGUCAACCAUGAAAGGAGAGGUCUUGGAGCGGGAAGGCCCUGUUAGGAAGAGCAGCUCCGUCUUGUGGAGGUUGAGCUCGAGGUGAUUGUGUGUGUGUAUAUAAGGCAUUUACUGUAUAUGUGUGAUAUCUAGAUUUUUAGAUGUAGAUGUAAAUAUUGGAAGUGAAUAGUGUAGUUUAUUGUAUAUAAAAAAUAAAUGUUUUACUAUUGUAAUUUGUUUUUCCUAUUUUUCUCACAAAUUUCAAUCUUCUCUCAUCGAUGAAACUCCAACUGGCUUGAGAGAGGCAAAGGUGGAGUCAUGCGUCUUCUGAAACAUGACCUGCCUAACCACGUUCCUUAACACCCGCCAGCUUUACUCGGAAGCCAGCCGCGACAGGAGGAAACACCGCCCAUCUGGCAACCGGGAUCAGUCUGCUGGCACCGGGCCCGCCACAAGAAGUCACUAGAGCGCGAUGAUCCAAGUAAAGCCCCCCCCUGCCAAACCCUCCCCUAAACCUGACGACGCUGGGCCAAUUGUGAGCCGUCCUAUGGGACUCCCAGCCACGGCCGGUUGUGGCACAGCCCCUCUGGAGGCCCAGUUUGAUUUAUUUAUCAGUAUGUGAGCAAGAGUAUGUGUGAGAGGGGUUGGGGUAACAGUGGGUAUUUUUAAUGUGCUGCUACUGUAUAAAAUGAUACACUGAACAAAAAUAUAAACGUAACAUGUGAAGUGUUGGUCCCAUGUUUCAUGAGCUGAAAUAAAUAAACCCUAGGAAUGGU